ACACACACACACACACACACAGCGUCCAGCUUUAGGAGUGAGUCACCUGAGAGACUGAAGCGGCUGAGCUGAGUGAGCCCUGGUGAAAACUACCACCAUUUUACAGAGGGUAACAGUUCCUACGACAAAGACUGACCAGAGAGACAGGCUGGGCUCCUACAGGUGAGGAGGUUGUUGAAUCGAGGGGUUAUUAUUGAAAUACGUUAUUCGUGUAUUCGCGUUUUUGACAUGAUGCGACAGUGUCAUAACUGUUGCUGUGAGUCACAGCUCAACUUAAAGUCCUCUGUUAUUAGUCGAGUGGGAGCAGUGCAGUGUGGUCACGGUGUGUGUUUCCCAUGCUGGUCCACACACAGUGGGUGAGCAAUGGGCUUCCACCACAUUCCAGUGGUUUUGAAUUGUUCUGGAAUAUGUGCUGCAAAUCACAUACUGAACACCUUAUGCCACAGUUGUUUGUUUGUUUACAUUUCCAUAAUCAAUCUGCAUUUACACUUAGAACCAUGGUAUUCCUGUGUAAGACUAUCAUACAUGUAAGGCCUUUAUUUUUAAUUGUAACGGAUUGUUUUCUAGCAGCUAAAGCUAUUAAUAAAAGAUGAUGUUAUUUCAACAGUGGAUCCAGUGAAUACAUGUAAUAAUAAUAAUAUUUAAUCUCAACAGUUGGUAUAACUUCUAUGCAGCAUUUCAGUACAUUGUGGGUUACUUUGUUUUGCUCAGUAUAAAAUAGCAGACACAGGGGAUAUAGUUGAAUUAUAACCUGGAAACAUCACAAAGAUGGAAUGAGUUUACGUAUCAGUUCAAUAGUUGUUCAUGCCAGCUGGUUUCUGAUGCCCCCAGACAAUAAUGUCAAUUUGUUUUUCCUAUCACUCCGAAAUGAAAGGAGAUCUUCCUGGAAAGGUUGGGAAGGUCAAAUAUGGUCAAUACAAGUGUUAAUACAUCCUAAUUUAUCUUAGAGAAUAAUCAACGAGGGUUAUCAUGUCCCAUAAUAUUUUAAAACAAUAUUCAUAAUCUACUCUCCGGAGCUAUUUCAGUUCAGGUGUCUGAAUUAUAGACUUCAGAGCAUAUAAUUAUGUGAUACAUUCAUAAUUCAUCUUUUCUUUUCUUCUCUGCACAGUCUCUCUCCCUCUCUCUCUCUCCCUCUCUCUCCCUCUCUCUCUCAUUGAAUGACCAAAGUCAGCUUGCAGCAUGAGAAGCUGGAGAAAGAAAUUCAAGGCUGAAGAGCCUCACAGCGUGACAGAGUCUUCCUCAAGCAAGAGGAACUCCAUCGCUGAGCCACCGGUGCCUGUGUGGGUUAAUCACUCACCCACAUCCAGUAUUAUCACAGAUGAUGCUGAAAACACCACAUCUAGCACUCCACCGUAUGCAGGUGUAGAGGAGGAUGACAAAAAAGGGAGCAUGAAAGACAGGCUGAGGUCCCUCAUCCCUAGGUCUCUGGGGAACAUGUUCCAUAAACGGUCAGGGGAAAGUGACAGUUGUGAGGACUCUGACAUCAGCACUAAAACAAUUCAGAUCCUUCCUAAUGGGACCAGGGUGAGUCCUCCUGUAAGUCCCCUGUUUGAGCGUAAGAAUUGUGGAGGCUCACUCGGCAACUCCAGCCAGAACUCCCAUAAGCUAUUGCUGACGGAGGACUCCGAUCAUUAUGGCCUACGGGAGGACUCUCUCCUCACCAGCAUCCACCCUGCAGAGUACUAUGCCGAGAAGUUGGAAGUCUACAACCAGAAGUACUCAUACUUGAAAUCCUGGCCAGGCCUGCUCAGACUUCUUGCUGGACUUGAGCUCCUGUUUGGAGGGAUGGUCAUUGCCUGUGUCAUUGCUUACGUCCAGAAAGACAGCGAGUGGUCCAACGCCUAUGGACUCUAUAACGGUGCUUAUAACAACGGGCUGGGCUUGUCUGGCUACAGCUACAGCGGCCCCAUGACCCCCUUCAUUCUGGCCGUAGCUGGAAUCUCGUGGAUCGUUACCUUUUGUCUUCUGGUGGUGGGAAUGACGAUGAUUUAUCGCACCAUCCUCCUCAACUCCCCCUGGUGGCCUGUAGCGGAGGCUUUCAUGAACGUGGCACUCUUCCUCCUCCUCAUGGCUGCAGGGAUUGUAUACCUCAAUGACUUAAACCGCGGAGGGCUGUGCGACAUGACAAUAGGCGUUAAUCCCGUCAUGGCCAAUCUUUGUCGGGUUGAUGGAGGCCAGAUGGCGGGAACAGCUUUCAUCUUCAUCAACAUGACACUGUAUCUUGGAAGCUUCCUGGUAUGUCUGAAGAUGUGGAGGCAUGAAGCCACACGCAGGGAGAGGGAGCACUUUGGGAACAAGCACCACGAGGAGUUUCACCAGUCCAUCCCUCUGACGCACCCCAAAAAAACACGGAUUUCAUUCAAGGACGAAAUAGACAAGUCUGUGAGUAAAGAUUCCAUCGGUCCACGGGCAAAUGUCCUUGACUCGCAAGAGAACCCGGCCAGUGUGAGGAGAAAUACAGCAAUGGAAUACACGCCCAAAGCAUACAUAGUGGCAGACUACAUCGUGAAGUUUCCGGAGAUCCGCUGCGUGGAAGAGCGGGAAAAGUACAAAGCUGUUUUCAAUGAUCAGUAUCUGGAGUAUAAAGACCUUCACCGAGACCUCGCCAUCACACUCAGCAAGUUCAGAGAGCUGGACGUCAUGAUGGCACAACUACUGAAAGCUGGAAAAGGCCAGCAGGAUCAACAGAGGAUUCGAAGCAUUCUGAAGAAAUAUGAGCAGAAAAAAAGUGAUCCUUCCUUCUUAGACAAGAAGGAACGCUGUGAUUAUUUGAAAGCCAAACUAAGUCACAUCAAAUACAGAAUCCACACAUUUGACCAGGAGAUGAUGACAAACGCUCAGACUGUGGUAACAUCCAUCAUGUAUGACAGCCCUCCCGUGUACAGCCCACCGUACAGCACCACCUCCCAAAGCUUCUAUCCUGCGAGAAGCGUCCAUUCCCCUCAGAGCCAGAGUGUCCCUCACACCUACAGUCUCCCUCCAGACUCCUACUAUGUGGAGGGCACGCCUCAGCACUUUUACCGCUGGUUUUCACCCCCCGGUUUUGUCAAGACCUUCCAGGGCGCCAUCGUCGUCAUGUGUUUCGUCAUCUUUGCCUGUGUUGCUUCCACUUUGGUGUGGGACAUGAAUGGAUUUGGGUACGGGGGUUACGGUCUUGGGGCUACAGGAGGUGUCGCUGGGACGGGGUCAGGAUAUUACGGAGGCAGCUACGGAUAUGGCGGCUCGUACAUGACGCCGCACUCUGCCAAGUCAGCAAUGAUCUCCAUGGCAGCCAUCAACUUCCUGGUUUCACUGGGCUUCCUGGUGGGAAGUUUCUCACGGUCUCGGAUGAUUAGGGGAUGCAGGUUUUACCUGACUGUGUUCAUCUGUGAUAUCAUCUUAGCUGUCCUUCAGGGAAUCAUCGACAUUAUCUUUGUGAUUGGAGUGAAUCCAAUGUCUCAGAGCUCACAGAGCAUGUUGUACAACCCCAUGCUCAUGAUGUGUCAGAACAUCCAGGGCAGCCCCAGCCUCAGCGGAAGUGUGGGGGCAGGUUUCCCUGGGGGGUUCCCCAUGUACAACCAGUACCUGCACCACUACUGCUACAUGGACCCUGAAGAGGCUGUAGGAUUAGUGUUGGGUCUGAUGGUGGUGUUGGCUCUGUCUCUGUCCGCUUACUACGCAUACAAGACCCGCAGCAAGAUUUGGCGCCAUGGAAAGGCUAACAUCUACUGGGACAAUCCAGUGGUCAGACCAUCGGAGGGGCAGGAGGUGCUGGACUGGGCACCGACUGUUGUGGCAUCAGAGAGAACAGCGCCUGACCUCAGGGUGGCGAACAGCGUGGUCUCCUAUAGCAGCAAAACAGUCAACAUCCACAGUGAGGGACAAUAUCAAAGCAACAGUUUCUCUGCUGAGCGCAGCAAUCACGGAGCUGCGGUGCCUCUGUGCCAGAGCAGCACGGCCACGCGUUACUCCAGCAGCUCCUCGGACGAGAUCGGUAGCUUCCAAAAACCUCCUCCUCCUCCUCCUCUUCAACCUCCUCAUGUGGAAAGGAAAGCAAGGAAGAAUCUGGAGCCUCGUCCUGCUGCUCAGGAGAUGGUCGAGUCUCAGUAUGAAACUGGUUACACCACUGGGGACACUGGUAAUGAACUGGACCAGGACCAUACACUUCAUCUUUACAGGAUGUACCCAGAAAUAACCACAGAUGAGCAGCGGCAGCAGUACAAGAGGGAGUUUGACUCUGAUCUGACCCACUACAAGAGUCUGUGUGCAGACAUGGACAACAUCAGUGACCAAAUACACAAGCUCAGUCGAGAACUGGACACACUGGACGAAGGUUCUAUGAAAUACCAGGGGGUGGCAGAGGAGUAUAAUCACCUGAAAGACCUUAAAAGGACACCAGACUAUCAAGCAAAGAAGCAGCAGAGCAAACAACUCCGACAAAAGCUUUUUCACAUCAAGCGCUUGGUAAAAAUCUAUGACCAAGGUCUUUGUUAGUGUCUCAGUCAUGUGUUCAAACUGCUGAGGAUCUUUGAACAGCUUCUCUCCUGACUUCAGGCGCUGUAAGUCAGCUCUGGUUUGGACGCCACGUCUUACCUUCCAGCUGUCAGUCACUAGGACUGACUUUCCUCUGCAAUACCCUUGAGUUGUUAUGCUUGAUUUGGAAUUACUGUGUUUCUAUGUUCUAAUGACUGUAUGUUUUUAUAGAAGAUGAAGAUAAAGCGGACAAAUAAUGUAAAUAAAACUAUUCAAACACACUUUUUGGAAGAUGAAAACACUUGUACAUUUAUGGA